AUGUCCCUCCCCACGGCUCAAACAUCCAUAAAGUCCUUCUUCCAAUCGAAGCCGCCGAAAUACGCCCCUCCCCCAGGAUCAGCAAAGCCGGCACAAGCUCCCGCACCAGCUCCCACUCCCGCUCCCGUGCCUCCCCAGAGUGGCCUCACAGUCGAGGAUGACGACGACAACGACAAGAACAACAUCCCUCACGAAGCGACAAUCCGCCCUGUGACAUACUCCGACCUCAAUGCACUCCGCCGCAUCAACGCCCUGCUCCUCCCCGUCCCGUACCCAGAGGACUUCUACCGCCGCGCCGCCGAGCAGCAGCACACCUCUCGCGUCAUCACGUGGUCCGCCCCCGACCCCUCGGGCCAGGGAGAAGAUGCGAAGGUGAUAGGGGGCGUGGUGUGCCACGUCGAGCCGUCCGCUCCCGGCAGCCCGUCGUCGACGCUGUACAUCCGGUCUCUGUGCGUCCUGGCGCCCUACCGCGGCCUAGGGCUCGCCUCGGCCGCCGUGGACGCCGUCGUCGCGUCCGUCCGCGCCGCGGACCGGAGCGUCAACACCAUCUCGGCCCACGUGUGGACCGACAACGAAGACGCCUUGGCGUGGUACGAGGCCCGCGGCUUCAGGCGCCACGCCGCCCGGCCCAUAGCCGGAUACUACCGCAACCUGCGGCCCGACUCGGCCUGGCUCGUGCAACGCGAUAUCGCCGCCGCCUCUCCUCCGUCCGCACGCGGGAAUGUCCCUGUCCCUGCCCCUGCCCCUGCCGCUGUGAGGCCUAGUCCCACGGCUGCCGUGGUCAAUCUGCCCCCCAUGAGUGCCGCUCCUGCCGCCGGUGGUCCGCCUAUGGGCGGUCCCCCCCGGAGGCCUGGGCCCCCGCUCCCGGGGCAGUCGUUCCAGAAUCAGCGUCCCGAGACGGAGUGGAACGAUCUGCCCGCCGACAUGGCCGGUCUGAACCCCAAGGCUGCCGCUUCUGGCGGUGGCCCUCCCAGUGGUGGGAGCAGUGCCGCCUCUUCCCAGCCAUCUUCUCGUAGCGUCUCUGCUGCUCGAAAGAAGAGGGACAGGUCCUAUCCUGCUGCUGCGUUUGGUGCGUGA